CCGGCCUGCCCUGGGCUUGGCACCGGAAAGGCGCGGCUGCUCCGUCCCUCCUCCGCCCUGCCCUGCCCUGCCCUGCCCUGCCCUGGCCUGCCCCGGCGCCCUCCCUCAGCCCGGGUAUCAGGCGAGAGGCGGAGCUGGCGCGGCGCGCCCCGCCCCCACUGUAGAAAGGGCCGGGCGAGUGUUACUCGCGGUCAUCCCUGCUCGGGCCUUUUAUCUCGGUGCUGCCGGGGGAGGAGGGAGGAGGAGACACCGGGGGUGGCCCACAACGCCGGCGACACCUUUCCUGGACUAUAAAUUGAGCACCUGGGAUGGGUAGGGGGCCGACACCUCCACCGCCGCCCUCAGUCACAGUCCGGCUACUGACCGCAGCAGCGCCCUUGGGCAGCAGCCGCUGGCAGCGGGAACACUGACCUGCUAAGGAGCAGAGGAAUUUCAAGGCGCAAGAGGAGGCCAGGGCUCAACCCGACCACCCUCCGCCAUCGCGAGCUUCCGGCCGCCAAAACCGGGGAAAGCCGCGCUUCUCGCAGGGCCAGGCUGCCAGCGAGACGAGAGUUGGAAAGAGCGGAGGAGGAGCCGGGAAUCCCGCCGCCCCAGCCGUAGCCAGGCCCCAGGCGCGGGCCUCCGUGAGCGCGUGAAGGCGAGCACCCCUCCGCUCCGACCGAUCACCCGCGUGCCCCUGCACUCCGGCGCCCGCGCAGCCACCAUGAUGCAAAUCUGCGACACCUACAACCAGAAGCACUCGCUCUUUAACGCCAUGAAUCGCUUCAUCGGCGCCGUGAACAACAUGGACCAGACGGUGAUGGUGCCUAGCUUGCUGCGCGACGUGCCCCUGGCUGAGCCUGAGUUAGACAACGACGUCGGCGUGGAGGUAGGCGGCAGUGGCGGCUGCCUGGAGGAGCGCACGCCCCCGGCCCCUGGCCCGGGCAGCGCCAAUGGCAGUUUCUUCGCGCCCUCCCGGGACAUGUACAGCCACUACAUGUUGCUCAAGUCUAUCCGCAACGACAUCGAGUGGGGGGUCCUGCACCAGCCGCCGCCGCCGGCGGGGAGCGAGGAGGGCAACGCCUGGAAGUCCAAGGACAUCCUGGUGAACCUGAGCCAGUUGGAGGGUGCGGACGCCGGUGAGGAAGACCUGGAGCAGCAGUUCCACUACCACCUGCGCGGGCUUCACACUGUGCUCUCGAAACUCACGCGCAAAGCCAACAUCCUCACCAACAGAUACAAGCAGGAGAUCGGCUUCGGCAAUUGGGGCCACUGAGGCGGGGCGCCCGCGGCUGCCCAGCACCCUUUCGGCCCCGUCUCUUACCAUCUCUCCUUCCUCAAAGCUAUUUUCUUUCUGGCUGUGGGUCGCGAAGGGCAAACUUUAAAGUUGGGGGGCUGCGUAUUACAGGGGGCGCAGUGGGGCUGUGUGAAGGAGGGGCCUCGCGUGUGAGAGAAAAGUGGUGGCGGGAGAGGGGGGUUCAAGGACCUCCCGGGAGGGGGCCUGCAUUCUGUGUUGGUGGGAAUGGAACUGGGCUGACGGCCUGCAUUCAGCCUGUGCCUUUCCUGGGGUUUCUUUUCUGUUCUUUCCGGAGGAGUAGAUCCCAAGAAGGGGCCAUGCCAGGGCGCGGCGCUGGGUUGCCACACUUGGGAGAGCAGCCCAGAGCAGGGUGCUGGGGAAGGCGGGGCGCAACGCCUCCC